UCUCAUCGUACGAAUGUACAUAAUAUUAAGGGAGCAACACCUCCAAGAUUUGGAAUAUGUAUCAAUUGUAAACAGUAUAAUUCCGGAGUUGACUUUUGUGAUUUUCAAAUAAGUCGUGAAUGGACUA